UCUCGUUCGGUGAUUGGUUGUCCCUCCGUCAUUAGUAUUGCGAGGUACCGACCUAUCUACUCACUAUUUGCAUUCAUAAAAAAAAGUCUCCUGAAGCGGUGUCUUUUCUGUAGUGUUAUUGUGCUGUGAUUUUUUAUUCCAUUUUUAUUUUUGAUACGUAAAAGUAGUGUGUAAGUGAACAGUGAAUAGAGUAAUUUAUACAAAUACAAAAACGUAUUGCAUAUUGAUGUUGUGAUCGUUGUUUUGUGAUUUUAACUGUGUGACGAUGGCAGAUAAUUCAAAAUUGACCGACGAGGAGAGAACUGAGAUCAGAGAGCAGUUUGCACAGUUGGACACCAGCGGAAAUGGCUACAUCGACCUCAAAGAACUCAAAGACGCGCUGGACAGCGUUGGAUACAAAAUUCCCCAAUGGAAAGUGCGAUGCAUGAUCGAAGAGUAUUAUGACAACGGCUCGAAGCAACGCGGUGUCAACGGUAACGUGAAUGGCGACGCUCGCAAGAAUGGCAUGUCGCUCACAGAGUUCGAGGAGCUGUGCGCGAACCUUAAGGCACAACAGGUGUCGAGCACAUUCAAACAGGCCGUCAGUAAAAAAGAAAAUUUGGAACAUCUGGGCGGCAUGAGCGAAGCAUCCAGUGAUGGCACAACCCACUCGGUCCGCCUGGAGGAACAGAUGGCGUUCUCUGGCUGGAUCAACAGUAACCUGGAGCACGACCCCGACCUCAAACGCCUGCUACCCAUCGACGCAGAAGGCAAGCAAUUGUAUGAGAAACUGAAGGACGGCCUCAUAUUGUGCAAAGUCAUAAACCAUUCGUGCCCGGACACCAUAGACGAGCGAGCCAUAAACAAGAAGAACUUGACCCUGUACACGAAGCACGAGAACUUAACGCUGGCGUUGGUCUCCUCGCAGGCCAUCGGGUGCAACAUCGUCAACAUAGAUGCUCACGACUUGGCUAAAGGCAAACCGCACUUGGUGCUGGGUCUCCUAUGGCAAAUCAUCAGGAUCGGUCUCUUCAACCAGAUCACUCUGGAACACUGCCCCGGACUCACGGAAUUGCUCAAUGAUGAAGAACGCAUCGAGGACCUCCUCGCCCUAUCGCCAGAAGCGAUCCUCCUCCGCUGGGUGAAUCACCAAUUGCAACAAGCCGGUGUCACUCGCCGCUGCACCAACUUCCAGCACGACGUGGCCGACUCCGAGAUAUACUCCCAUCUCCUGAAGCAGAUCGCGCCCGAGGAUGCUGGGGUCACGUUAGACGCGCUCAGGGAAACGGAUCUUCUCCGUCGCGCGGAGAUAAUGCUGCAACAAGCCGCCCGUCUCCGUUGCCGGGCGUUUGUGAGUCCCGCGGACGUUGUAGGCGGCGUUUACAAACUGAAUCUGGCUUUCGUGGCCAAUCUUUUCAACCAGCACCCGGCUCUGCAGCGCCGGAGUACGGACCAGCAGUACCAUCAGUUGGACGAGACCAGAGAGGAAAAGACAUACCGCAACUGGAUGAACUCCAUGGGCGUGGCGCCUCACGUGAACUGGCUGUACUCCGACCUCACGGACGGGCUGGUCAUCUUCCAGCUCUACGACAUCAUCAAACCUGGCAUCGUCGACUGGAAGAAGGUUCAUCGUCAGUUUUCAAAGCUACGCAAGUUCAUGGAACGCCUCGAGAACUGCAACUACGCGGUAGAACUGGGUCGCCGGCUCGGGUUCUCCCUCGUUGGGAUCGCAGGCGCCGACAUCAACGAGGGCAACGCUACUCUAACACUCGCCCUGAUCUGGCAAUUGAUGCGAGCAUACACUUUGUCUGUACUAACACGGCUCGCGAACACCGGCAACCCGAUCAUAGAGAAGGAGAUAGUGCAGUGGGUCAACAAUAAAUUGCAAUCCGCCGGGAAAACGUCCGCCAUUAGGAGUUUCCAGGAUGAAGUGUUGGCCGAUGGCAAGGUCGUGAUCGAUCUCAUCGACGCCAUCAAGCCUGGCUCCAUCAACUACGAUCUCGUAUUGCCGGGAGGAAAGGAAGAGGAGAACCUAGCCAACGCCAAAUACGCCAUAUCAAUGGCGCGUCGUUGCGGCGCAAGAGUUUACGCCCUCCCCGAAGACAUCACGGAGCGCAAGCCCAAGAUGAUAAUGACCGUAUUCGCCUGCCUAAUGGCGCUCGACUACAUACCCAGUAUGGAUGCGCCGGUCAACAAGCCGCACGUACCAGAAGCAGAGAUGGUCGAUUUUCUCGACGACUCCAUUGAAUCCGUCGAGAUUGUGGACCAGCCUGACAGUGAAGACUUCGACGACUCAGGUCUUGGUGUUGAUAAACCACCGCUGCUACCCAAACCAGACAUGUCCAGAUCACGAGUCGCCGACGAUGCAGGCGAAGAGGUUAAUCAGCCGUAGAAGUUUAAUUUAAAAUAAUUUAUGAAAUCAGUUCCUUUUUAUAUACUUACCUAAAUGAAGUUUGAGUGAUACGGUAUCAGCAUUUUUAUCAUAGAUUUGUUUUAAGAUUUUAUUUAUUUUUUUAUGAGAUGUGUUUUAAGUAUUUAAUAUUUCUUUAGCCGUCGUAGUGGUCUGGUUUUAACUGAACAUAUUAUGGACCCAUUGUAAUAAUCCAUCCUUGGUUAGAGACGGAUUGGAAUAGAAUUUUAUUCAUUCAAAAAUUGUUACAGUAUGCCUUGGUAGGUUAAAGAGAGAUUAGCUUACAAGAGUUCUGAGUAGUUACCUAACUACUCACUACCUUACUUUACUCAUAUAACUGAGGCUGAGUUAUUAGGGAACGAGUGUCUAUCGACAGAUGAAAGUUAUUUUAUCGUGAAGUUUUACUAAAACAAAAGAGGAACUAAGUAUCAAUAAAACACGAGAGACUUUGUAGUUUGAAAUCUAGAAAUUGUAUUUAUGUAAUUUGUAGCUAGAAAUUGUAUUGAGAUUUUCAUAAUUAUAUUGUUUUUAACAUAAAACACAACAUAAUUUCUAGUUUCCCAUAUUUUUUUACUGAAAUGAGCGGCCUCAUGAUGGUUGGUAAAAUUAUACUGCGAAUGCAGUUCUCUAUUUAUAAUAUUGUAACAG